CUCGAUAUUUUUCCCUUCCCUUGCCUAACUGCUCCAGCCAGGCUGUUGAGUUGAACUUGCUCGGGUGGCUCUACUUCCAUUGCCGUUGCCCGAGCUCUCUCCUCUGCUGAAGCUCCGUCAUGGCGUCCGCUGCAGCAUUCUUCCUGUCUUCGUCUUCUCCGUCUCUGUACGCUCUUUCGGGCAGGACCCACAGAGCUUCUUUCUCCAUCAGGCCCGUUUCCGUCAGGGCCUUCUCAGCUUCAUUAGACUACUCCGCCGUCUCUGUCCCUGAGAAAUCUUCCACUCCAUUGAAGACGAAUAACUGGCGGUGGAGGUACAUGGACAAUUUUAUCAAUAUUCACUAUGAAGAGCACGAAAAGGAUGGAGGAGCAGAUCCUUCUAAGACCAUCCUUAUGAUACCCACCAUAUCUGAUGUGAGUACCGUGGAGGAGUGGAGAUCAGUGGCUCGAGACAUAGUCAAACGGGACAGUAAAGUCAACUGGCAAGCCACUAUUGUGGAUUGGCCUGGUCUGGGUUACUCCGAUAGGCCGAAGAUGGACUAUGAUGCGAAUGUGAUGGAGAAGUUCCUGGUCGACUUCGUAAAUUCACCUGAUAGCCCUCUAAGGAAUUCGGAUGAUUUGGUGGUUUUCGGAGGGGGGCAUGCGGCUACGAUCUUAGCUCGUGCUGCAAAGAAGGGAUUGGUGAAGCCUAGAGCAUUUGCUGCUGUUGCUCCCACCUGGGCAGGUCCUCUUCCCAUUGUGUUUGGUAGAGAUUCCAAUAUGGAAACGAGAUACGGGCUGCUUCGUGGAACAAUGAGGGCUCCUGCUGUUGGGUGGAUGAUGUACAACAUGCUGGUGAGCAAUGAGAAGUCGAUCCAAUCCCAGUACAAAUCCCAUGUCUACUCUGACCCAGAAAACGUGACCCCGAGCAUUGUCAAGAGCCGGUACGCCCUGACAAAACGGACAGGGGCUCGCUAUGUCCCUGCGGCUUUCCUGACAGGCCUCCUAGACCCUGUGAAGUCCCGGGAGGAGUUCCUUGGCCUCUUUGCAGGCCUGGAGGGAAAAUUCCCGGUUAUAGUCGUGUCCUCUGAAGGGGCACCAAAGAGGUCCAAGGCGGAGAUGGAGGCUCUCCGGGGAGCCAGAGGGGUCACCAAGUUCAUAGAGGUUAAGGGCGCUCUAUUGCCGCAGGAAGAGUACCCGAGUGUUGUCGCUGAAGAACUCUACCGGUUCUUGCAAGAGAGUUUCGAGUCCUAAGUGCUUUAGACCACCUCUUGUCAAACAGGUUCGGACUUUCUGCUGUUUCCUUCGAUGCUGAUUUCCUUACCAGGGCUUUCAAGUGUUUUGCCGGACCGAGUUAAUAGAAAAGCUUAGGAUUGUUGAGGACUUUUGUACAUUACUAUACUACAGAGAUUACACAUUAUAAUCUACAAAGAGAAAUUGUUUCUUUGCCUUC